GCUCUGCUAUCCACUGCUUUUCCCUGCCGCAGUGACAUCCGCCUCACACAAGCAAUCGGGAGUCUGACGCGGGACUUCCUGGUCAGACAGUGUUAUUCACAGGAAUCAGAAAACGCUAUUUGUCAGACCUCUCUCCGCCGACCCGACACGCAGGCCGGUCAUUGGGUUUCAGCGUUAUUUCGACAGUUGUUUCAUUUAGUAUUAACGGUCAAAAGAGGGCGGACUGAUUAACAUCAUACACCAUCAAAGUUAGCCGGUAAGCUAACAGUAACGUCAGGGCUCUGCUGUGCUUUAGCCAUGUCCGCGUCGGCUGGAUGCUCCCCGGCGGGCCACGGCUCGGGCCUUGGCCCCGGCAUGUCCAUGUUUCGCUGGCUAGAAGUGCUGGAGAAAGAGUUUGACAAGGCCUUCGUGGACGUGGAUCUGUUGCUCGGGGAAAUAGACCCAGAUCAAGUCGACAUUACGUACGAGGGUCGGCAGAAGAUGACCAGCCUAAGCUCCUGUUUCGCUCAGCUGUGCCACAAAAUCCAGACGGUUUUCCAACUCAACCAUAAACUAGAGGCUCAGCUGGUGGACCUGCGUUCUGAGCUGACUGAGACUAAGGCUGAGCGGGCAGUGGUAGAAAGAGAGGUCCAUGACCAGCUCCUGCAGCUUCAUGCUCUCCAGCUGCAGCUUCACGCCAAGCAAGGCCAGGCUGAGGACUCUGACACCAUCAAAGACAGACUGCCUGCACCGACAUUGGGAGAGAUGGAAAAGGAGCUCGAGGCCAGUAAAAAGGAGAAAUUAGCAGAGGCAAGGCUGGAGACAGAAGUCAGACUAUAUAAAAAGGAAAAUGAGGCCCUUCGCAGGCACAUGGCAGUACUGCAGGCUGAGGUGUAUGGAGCCAGACUGGCCGCCAAAUACUUGGACAAGGAACUGGCUGGCAGGGUGCAGCAGAUCCAGUUACUAGGCCGUGACAUGAAAGGGCCAGCGCACGACAAGCUGUGGAACCAGCUGGAGGCAGAGAUUCACCUUCACCGCCACAAGACCGUCAUCCGAGCAUGUAGAGGUCGCAAUGAUCCUAAGAAACCCCUCCCCUCUCCGGUUGGGCACGACCCAGAUAUGUUGAAGAAAACCCAGGGAGUAGGCCCCAUCAGAAAGGUGGUGCUAGUCAAAGAUGAUCAUGAGGGGCUGGGAAUCUCCAUCACAGGUGGGAAGGAGCACGGGGUUCCCAUUCUAAUUUCAGAGAUCCAUCCCAGUCAGCCUGCAGACAGAUGUGGAGGUCUGCACGUCGGAGAUGCCAUCCUUGCUGUCAACAGCAUCAAUUUGCGAGAUGCCAAACACAAGGAGGCCGUCACCAUUCUGUCCCAGCAGCGUGGACAGAUAGAGUUUGAGGUGGUGUAUGUGGCUCCAGAGGUGGACAGCGACGAUGAGAACGUGGAGUAUGAAGACGACAGCGGCCAUCGCUACCGCCUCUACCUGGAUGAACUGGACGACAGCAGCACGGCACCACCUAGCAACAGCUCGGCAUCGCUGCAGGCUAUGGAGAAGAUGUCCCUGAGCAAUGGACCAGAGAAUGGAGAUACUGGCAUCUCCAGCGAGACACCUUCAGAGGAAACCCCCUCAAAGCCUCCUGACACUGACUGCUCCUUCUAGAGGCUCCGCCAGGCCGAUGAUGCUUGGAGAAAUAAAAGGAGGAUUGGUGGGGAAAUCCCUCACAAAGAACUGAAUCAAAGAAUCCAUAACAAGCCCAGGGACGAGGGAAAAUGAACAGAAACUGUCUGUUUUCCCUUUUUCCUCAUGAUGUUCUGGGGUGGUGGGACUUGGGGGUUUAGCCUGGGCCUGUGGCAAUGAUUUGGGGUGAAAUUGCACACGUUUGAAGAAGCAGAGGUGUAAGAUACGUAGAGGAGGGAGUGAUACUGUACUGCGUGACUUUUUUUGAGAUACAUACUUUAUUGAGAUACAUAUGGGCAUGGAUAGGACAGCUGUUUGUGAGGGACGAGUAGGAGGUAGUUGUCACCGAGCUGUCCCGGGGGCCCGGUGACAUCAGGGAGGAGGCGGUUACUCGUGCUUGAAAAUGUCUUUCAGGGACACACGUGAAGAGUGUUUUGCUUCUGUUUGUACAGUUAUUCAUUUUGUCUUGGCAACAUUACGACAAGACAAUUCUGUCCUAUAGGGACCUGGGGAGAGGCCAGGGAAAGAUCUCAACAAGGAAAUGAACGCGAAAACAAUUUUUUAGCGAACAAAAAGAAAACGCAAGUGAUCGUUGUACCUGGCAAGAGCAAGGCCAGUCUUUCAGAUUCAAAUGAGAUGUGGAAAAAAUCUAAUUGAAAAACCUUGUGAAAUAAAUAUCAACUGGAAAAAUGCUGAAAGGUCUUACCUGUCAUCACCAGUACUCCCCUUUAAAUCUGUGGGACGAUGGAUCCAGGGUCUGAUAUUUUAACCAGCACACAAAUGAACACGCUAAACACUGACAGCUCAGUGGAACGGCGGGCUGGAUGUCUGAACAGGCUAAAAGUACCGGUGGGGGCCUUCACAGCCUGCAUCUAGCAAAGCAGUCAAAGAAUGAAGAGAAUGCCUUUGUCCGUCUUCGGCAGAGGGAAACAAGUCUAGGGAUGUUUAAAGCCUAAGCAUUGAGAAAGCAUGUUACACAACAUUUCAUAGAAAAUACUCCCCCCAGUCCUCGAGGACAUUGUAAUUAUUUCAGUGACUGUACUAGUCAUACUAGCGUAUGACCUCCAAACCCUGACCUGCUCUUGUAUCCUGUUUAUUAGGUGGUGACCGUAGGGUGGAUGUUCCAUUGUCCCAUUAUCCCGCCAGAGCUUUUUAACCAUCCUCCAUCACUAACAGAUGUUGGCAUGUCACUGUAUGUUGAAUAUACAGGGUGAGCACAGUAACACUUGUACAAUAUAAACUAAUUGAAUACAAUCAUUUUUAAUAACAGGUUCUUUCUUAACUUGCUUGUAUUGCUCUACACUUUAUUUAGUUUUGGUUUUUUUAAAUUGUGUGACAUUACAUUCUGUUGUAGCACAAUGUAUUUUGUCAGGAACACCUCACGGUAUAAUGCAGUAAACGCAUCUCCAAGUACUCUAAACUGGGUAAAGAGCUGCAUCGACCCCCCCACCGACACUAGACUCCCCAGUGUGAACAUGUUGUGGUGCCCAGCUCGUGUGUCUGUUGGCACCACUGCUGCCUGCCAGUGGCAGUGUUGUGGCCCAAAGGAUCGUGAGGAAGUGGAACCCUUAGUGCGCCCCAACUCUGUGACCUUACAGCAGUCACGUUUCUUGACCUGCUUUUUCUUACUGUUUCCUUGAUGCUUGGUUUGUGUCUCAACUCUUCACAUGUAUGAUGUGCAUCUUUAUAGGUAAUGUAUUCAAGCUAAACAAAUUAGUUAGCCUUUUAAAUAAAGUUUGCUUUCAAUUUG